AUGUCAAAGCCUAUGGAUGUGGAGCAACUUCCUAGCAGUCAUGACUUUGAAGGUGAUGCUGUUGCCAAACCAGAGCUUCAAGUCACUGUUCCCGAGGCACGACAAUCCUUUAUACGAAAGAAGUUUGAUCGUAGGGUCCUCCCUAUUGUCUGUACACUCUACGUCUUGUCUUAUUUGGAUAGGAGCAACAUUGGCAACGCAAAGACCGCUGGCCUUGAGAAAGACCUCCAUUUGAGUAAUUAUCAAUGGUCCUGGGUCUUGUACUCCUUCUAUAUUUGUUACAUUGUUUUUGAAUGGACCACGGUCCUUUGGAAAAUCUUCCCUGCACACAUCUAUGUUGCCUUGUUGUGUAUCUGCUGGGGUGCAGCGGCCAUGUGCACCGGUGCUGUGAACAAUUUCACAGAGCUUCUUGUGUGUAGAUGUCUGCUGGGUAUCUUUGAAUCCAUCUUUGGCAGUGGAGCGCCUUAUUUCCUCUCCCUAUUUUACCAGAGGAAGGAGCUUGGCUUCAGAGUUUCACUGCUUCUAGGGAUGUCUCCUGUCGCAAAUUGCUUUGCCUCUGCUCUGGCGUACGGUAUCACUCAGAUCAAAGAGGGUGCACCAACGGUCUUAUUUGCCGUCAUAGUCUUCCUUUUCCUUCCCGAUUCUCCAGGGAGUGCAAAAUUCCUGAACGAGACCGAACAGACUGAGGCCGUGGAGCGUCUGCAAACAAUUGAUCGGACGGCCAAGAACAAAUUGCAAUGGAAGCAAGUGACUAGUGGCUUGAAGGAUUACAAGAACUAUGUUCACAUGACGAUCCAUUUCUGCUGCAACUUUUCCUUCUCAGCUCUGUCCAAUUUUCUGCCAACAAUCAUUCAGACUAUGGGGUACACUUCAGUCAACGCUCAGGGUCUCUCGGCGCCACCUUACUUUGCUUCUUUUCUCUGUUGUAUAGUUGCUGCGAUAGUAUCUGACCGCUGGGGCAACCGUGGCUACGUGGUUACGUUCUUCGCCGUCCUAGGCACAAUUGGUUACAUUAUACUGACCUGUGUCACGGAUGAAUCCAAGACUGGGGCACGGUAUACGGGUAUCUGGCUUGCAACGUGUGGGAUAUUCCCAGCAUUGUCGAUUAACAUUACAUGGCUCUUGAACAACCAGGGAGGGGAGAGCAAGAAAGGUGCAGGAAUGGCCAUGCUCGCUAUCUUUGGACAAUGUUCGAGUUUGAUCAGCAGCUCCGUUUUUCCAAAUAAGGAUGCGCCGUUCUAUACAACAGGAUGUGCUCUCGGCUGUGUCUUUACAGGCUUGAUUGCUAUCCUCGCUAUGGGAUUGCACAUCUCGUUGACUUUGGAAAACCGCAAACGGGACCGAUUAUAUGGAGAAGUCAGCGAGCAUGACCGAGUGGAUGUUACCGAUGGUGGAGACCAGAACCCUGCCUUCCGUUAUCUGACUUGA